GUCAACAUUGAGACAGUAACAACGGCGGAGCUGCAGAUGGGAAAUGGAUUCAAAUACCGACGAUGACGACAUUACUCUACUGCGACAAUCUCGGAAGUUCCUGCAAGAGCUCGGUGAUGCAUUUGCUCACGUUGAAAAUGUUAACGAGCGAGAUCUCGAAAGCAUCAUUCGCAAGAUCGAGCCGUAUCAAGAAGACCCACAACUUCUGGAUGCGGAGUUAGGAAGGUUUAUUCCCCUCCUCAGUGACAAGUUCACGCAAAAUUUGCAAAAUCAAGAUGCACUGCAGAAAAUGUCCAAAAUCUUGUACACUUUUUGCAAAGUGCGUGGCGAGAAGGUUAUCUUAGGUCUUUUCAACAACGAGCCUAGAUGGAUUGAGCCGCUUCUCGCGGUCUUCAGUGAAAAUGAGCAGCUGCCGUGGGAGCAAAGCUACAUCCAACUGCUUUGGAUGGCCCACUUGAUGUUAAGCCCUUUCGACCUUGCCACCAUCUCAUCUUUCACGGACAAUGACUUUCAAGUCGAUCCGAGGUUACCUGAUGGCACCCCUAGUAUCACCAGCCAGGUCAUCAAAAUUUGUACAAAGUAUCUCAGCGCUGCAACGAUCGAGCGGAAAGCAGCCGCGAAGCUUUUGGUGCGAAUCUGUAUUAGACAGGAUAUGUUGAACCUCGGGAUUCUCGGAAUCAUGACAAAGUGGGCGAUCUCUAAGUUCCAGAAGGCAGCGCGAGAGUCACAAAUACACACGUGCUUGGGCAGCCUUACAUUUCUUAGUGGACUCGUUGCGUCAGGAGACCAAAAGAUGCUUGGGCCGUUCCUUGCUUCGAUCUUUAGGCUCAGUCAAGAAAUUUUAGACGGUGGAUCAUUGGAAGCUAUCAGAAACUCGGCUAUGGCACGGAAACUUGUCAUAAAGAUCCAACGAAGCACCAUCAUUCAUUGCCUUCAAGCGGAGCAGACCGAGCUCGACACAACUGAAGUCGUCGAGCAAGUCAUCGGCUCCUUGAUAGAGUUGCUAGCAGAUGUAGACACACCUGUGCGCAUGACUGCCUCGAAGGCUCUGAGUCUGGUCACGCUCAAGUUGGAUCCAGAAAUGGCCGCUGAGGUGGUGGAAGCCAUCAUUGCCUCAUUCACAGAAGAACUUAAUGGAGAUGAUACGAAGGCGUUUUGGUCUGUCAAUGCAGCUAAGUGGCAUGGAAUCGUUCUAACGUUUGGUCAUCUACUGCAUCGACGAGCUGUUUCCAUCGAGCAAGUACCUGAGGUACUGAAGUCAAUACUUUAUGCGCUCUCAUUUGAGCAAAGAUCGACAACGGGCAAGUCAGGGGGCUCAAACGUCCGUGAUGCUGCUAAUUAUGGACUCUGGGCGCUUGCUCGGCGAUGCACAUCGAAGGAGCUCGAAUCUAUUUCCACCAGCCUAUUUGCAAUCCGAGAUGAAUUUCGGACUUUGAGUUCAAUACAAUACAUUGCACUUGAUUUACUUCUUUCGGCCUGCUUUGAUCCAGAUGGGAAUGUUCGACGCGGCUCCUCUGCCGCUCUGCAAGAACUUAUUGGGCGACAUCCAAAUACAAUCAUUGAGGGCAUUUCCCUUGUGCAAGUAGUCGAUUACCAGGCGGUCGGACUUCGUCCAAGGGCUGCUACCAAGAUUGCUCAUGGAGCCGCACAGCUGGACAAAUUGUAUGAGAAGGCGUUCAUUUUGGGUCUCUUUACAUGGCGAGGCCUCUUUGCUGCAAGCUUAUCAAACAGGAGUGACUGUUCUCUUUUUUUGGGCCAAUUCAUUGCUGGCCAUUUGCUGGGGAAUGGUAUAGACGUAAAAUUGGUACAGAAUUUACACGAUCUUUCACAGACUGUCAACGAGCUCUUUGUUCGAAUCCGGAAAGAACUAUCCAAGCUCAGAUCGCGGGACCAGGAGGAACGGCAAGGUUUGAUUUUGGCAGCGUCAUGGAUAUUGUCGGCUCUGAACUACAGAAUAACCAGCGACAUAUCAUUUUUCAAUGGAGAUCACGCUGCCAUUGAACACUUGAGUACCUCCCUGUUGAAACACGAUCCCUUAUCGACGCCUGAGUUUGACUACGUUUUAUCCGAUGAUUUCAAACCACGUUCCCCUCGCUCCGAGCUCGUCAUAUCUGCUGCUUUGCGGCUUACGGGUCAGUUAGCAGGCUUUUUGCGAGUCUUACAGGCUCUGGAUCCUGGUCUCCGUUGCAAUUGGGAUAAGCGAAAAUAUUUUGCACUAAUUGACAGAUGUCUUUCGAGAAACGACGAGAUUGUGCUCGAACAAGUCCCUGCUGCCGUUAGACUCUCAGUCUCCCUACUAGGCCCGCUCAAUUCAGCUGAGUUAGUGCAGCACUGGCUAAAUGAGCUUGCACCCGAGAACCGUAAGUCGGGCCAGUCGGCGGAUGCGCGAAUUCUUGCUCUCGGGGCUGCCUUCAAUGAGAUUCCCUCAGAAGCCACAGGUACGAACAUAGAUGUUCAUAGAGCGAUCUUGCAGUUUAUGCUACAUCGAUAUGUUCACGUGGACACGGAAGCAAGGAUUUCAAUAUUGGAAAGCCUGAAACUGAUACUACAAUCAUUUCACCAGCAUUUCUUGCUUAAUUCGCAACGAGAGAAGUACGUUCCUGAAAUUUCGACGAUUUUGCUUCUUGCUCUACACGAUUACACCAUUUCGGAACGAGGUGACGUCGGCUCCUUAGUCAGACUGGCGGGUUUGGCUGCGGUGCGUGAAGCUUGGUCACACGGUCUUCUGCUUUGUGGGAAAGUAAUUGAACCACCUGAUGGCACGAAUAUAAAGUACCUUGAUGCCCUGCAGUUGCACCAUUAUGCUGCCGGCGCUUCACAGUCUGAGCACCUCCUUGCUACCGUACUGAAGUUGAGCCUGGAAAAAUUAGAUAGAGUUCGUUUAGCCGCCAUUGACUGCUGGAACAGCCAAGGCCUUGUUUCCGUGGAAAAUGAGAAGGUAUCUCCGCAACCUCGACUUUCAGAUAUUAUCAUCGAUCAUGAUACACUGCACCUGCUCGAAAAUGGUGCACCGCUACCGCCGAAGACGCAAUCGUGUUAUGACAUCUAUAGCGUCAAGUACUUCUACUUCUUUCUCCAGCUCCUCGUUCGGAAAACGACUCAGUCACUGAUAAAGCUCCGCGUUAUGGAGGGCUUCUGUUCCACGGCUGGUGGCUCAGGUUCUGGGGCCUCACAAAAUCUGCUUAAUGCUAGACAAGCCUUGGAGUUCUUUCUUUCAGAACCAAACAACGCGGAAAUAAAUUCUUCAACGGUACUACAGUUGCUGAAGGAGAUCACAGAUAUCAACAUCAGGCUAGAAAAUGAUCAGCGCCUUGUUGCCAUCUUGGAGGUGGUCGCUUUCACACUUGAUACAGGACUUUUGCUCCAAGCUAGUGCAUUACAGUGGAGACCCUUUUUCAUGAGCGUACAAAAGGCACACUACAAAUCAAAGAACAUCACAAAAUUGCAUGUCUGCCUGGACGUAUACCGCGGGCUCAGUAGAGCAUCAGAGAUCAGGACUGAAGCGAUAAGGAAGAUUGCGAGGAUGCUCUUACAUCCUAUUCCCGCAGUGCGAGUUUAUGCGGCAGAAACACUUGUUACCCUGUGCGAUGUUAACGAAGCUGUAGAUUUGCUAGAGAGGGAAGAGUGGACAAAACCUGCCAAGGAUCUUAAGGAAAAGGUGGAGAGAAUACGCACAGUCCUUUGUGAAGAGUAGAACAUAUUUGAGGUUUUCGGCACAUGAUACGAAGUUCGCUUUGACAUCCAUUCCAACAACAAAUCUGCCACGAAAGUAGAAUCAACA